UCCUUCACCGUAUCGACCAUCCGCCUCACUGCCAUGUGGGAAGCGGGCGAUUUCACGGCGGAGGAAUGGACAACCAUCCAGACGCAGCUGGACACGCUGAAAGUGUUCGCUCAGGACAGCGAGAAGUCCGGGCGUGAGUGGAGUUUGAUCACCUUGGAGACCUUAGAAUUCCUGGCCUCCUUGCCGGAGAGCGUGAGGGAGAGACUUGCGGCGCAGAAGUACUACAACUUCUCGGUGGAGUCGCCAGCCCCGCGUGGCCCUGCGGGCACGAAGAAGACAAAGAUCAUUUCAGCUGACCUGGACACCUUCAAGGCCGGGCAGAUCUUGGGCCACGCGAAAUCCAAGCCGGUGCUCAUCAACUUUGCCAACGAGUGGGAUGCAGGUGGUGGUUGGCUCAGCGGCAUGUGGGGUGCUCAAGAGGAGUGCUUGAUGCGACGAAGUUCGCUGUAUUUGUCUCUGUGGCCCUUGCGGCGACCGGACGACGAGCUUUGGAGACGCUCUCCGCCCAACCGAGGACCAUCCGGCACCUGGAUCCCGGAUUUGGAUCACAAGCGGCCCGUGGCCUAUCGCCAGCUGGGCUUCGGCGAGGGCGGCGAGCGGGUGAUCCUGCCGCACCUGGAAGAGCGUCCAGGUGACGAUCAGACAGACCUUCGUGGGAAUGAAGAGGCCAUGAAGAUCCUCAAGAGGGUGGACGUGCCGCGCGCCUACACCAAUGACAAAGAUGGAUUUCCAUUAUCAGAGGCCGGUGUGGUCUACACGCCCAGCCUCUUGGUCUUCCGCUCACCGGACACCUUGUCUCCCGAUGGCAAGAUCACAGGCAGCAAAGCAUAUCCGCCUUGGACCACUUCUCUCCUGUCGGUGGCCGCCUUGGACCUCCGACCGGAGCGUGGCAAUCAAGGGGCGGUCUACGGUUACAGCGUUGGGAGCACCAGUCCGAGCGAGCCGUAUUUAGAGGUCACCAGAGAGAAGAUGCGCUCAGUGCUCUACGCCGCAGUGCAAGGAGGUCAUGAUUCCAUUGUCUUGGGAGCUUUGGGCUGCGGUGUCUUCGCAAAUUCACCGGAGGUGAUUGCGAUGGAGUGGCGCAAGUUGCUGGAGCCAGGUGGUGAGUUCGGAAACUCCUUCAGCGUCGUGGUUUUCGCGAUUACCUUCAGCACCAAGAACUUCCGUGCCUUUGCAGAAGUCUUUGGUGAACUUGGGCCAUGCAUUGGAGAUGGUUCUGGAAAGGCAGACCAUGAAGCUGAAUUCACGGCACAUUUGAGGGCGUAAGGUCCUUGGCUGGAAAGAUACAAAGAUUUGUACGUAAAUGCCUCAUUAC